CAAACGGUUGAUCGCCGCCCAUCAGAAAUUCGAAAUCGUCGACCGUUCAACCGCGAGCAAAAGCAAAAAGGCGGAGUGUUUUUUGCGCAAAUUUACGGCUACUUUUACGGAUCCGGCACCGAAACAGGAUGGACGCGAGCAGCGGCAACAACACGAGCAACGGAAAACCGCUCAAAUGCAACCAAAAUGUGCAGGUUUAUCUGCGCGUCAGGCCCACAAAUGCCCGGGAGAAGUUGAUCCGGUCACAGGAAGUGGUGGACGUGGUGUCCAGCAGGGAGGUGAUGCUGAAGCCGACGUUGUCGGAUACGCGGACGUCGAAGAAGUUUACGUUUGAUCGGGCUUUUGAUGUGAACUCGAAGCAGCACGAAGUGUACCAUGCCGUGGUCGCGCCGUACAUCGAGGAGGUGCUGGCCGGGUUUAAUUGUACGGUGUUUGCGUAUGGGCAGACGGGCACGGGGAAGACGUUUACGAUGGUGGGGGAGGAGCAGCCGGAGUUGAGUUCGGGGUGGGACGACGAUACGAAGACGGGGAUAAUUCCGCGGGCGUUGAACCAUCUGUUUGACGAGCUGCGGAUGACGGAGUUGGAGUUUUCGAUGAGGAUUUCGUACCUGGAGUUGUACAACGAAGAGUUGUGCGAUUUGCUGUCGACGGACGAUCAUGUAAAGAUUAGGAUUUACGACGAUGUAAAUAAGAAGGGGUCGGUGAUUGUGCAGGGGUUGGAGGAGGUGCUGGUGCACAGUAAGGAUGACGUUUAUAAAUUGUUGGCGAAAGGGCAGGAACGUCGCCGGACGGCGUCGACCUUGAUGAACGCUCAGUCGUCCCGUUCGCACACGAUCUUCUCGAUUAUUGUUCACAUCAAGGAGAAUGGGAUGGAGGGCGAGGAGCUGCUCAAGAUUGGCAAGCUCAACCUGGUCGAUUUGGCCGGAAGCGAGAACAUCACCAAGGCCGGCAACGAAAAGGGCAUUCGUACGCGCGAGUCGGUUAAUAUUAACCAGUCGCUGCUGACGCUGGGUCGGGUCAUCACGGCGCUGGUCGAACGAACGCCGCACAUUCCGUAUCGGGAGUCUAAAUUGACCCGUUUGCUUCAGGAAUCGCUCGGAGGACGCACCAAAACGUCCAUCAUUGCGACCAUCUCGCCAGGGCACAAAGACUUUGAAGAAACGCUCAGCACGCUGGAGUACGCCCACCGUGCCAAAAACAUCCAGAACAAACCGGAGGCGAACCAGAAGUUGUCCAAGAAGACCGUCAUCAAGGAGUACACCGAAGAGAUCGAUCGGUUGAAGCGUGAACUUCACGCAACCCGCGACAAAAACGGAAUUUACCUGCCGGAGGAUACUUACAACGAAAUGCUCUACAAAUCGGAAGCCACCACGAAGGAGCUCAACGACAAGGUGCAGCUCAUCAGAGUCCUGAAGGACGACCUCGCCAAGAAGGAGGCCAUCUUCAAGGAGGUCAGCCUCAGUCUGGUGGAAAAGGAGGAAAUUCUGCGCAAAACCGAGGGCGAUUUGUGCGUGACCAAGCACGAACUGGUCAGCACGAAGCGCAACCUGAACAUGGUGAAGAACCGCUACGUCGAGAAGAAGGCCAUCAUCGAUCGGCAGGUCAAGACGGAGGAAGCGCUGACUAGCCAGGCGAAGGAGCUGAUCGAGGUCGUCGAGGACGUGAAGGCCGACACGGACGGGCUGCACGCGACGAUCGAUCGCAGAAAAGAAACGGACGCCAAGAACCAAACCGUGUGCGAGCAGUUUGUGGACCAGAUGCGCACCCGAAUGCAGAACAUGCAGGCGAACGUGACGAGUCUGACGCAGGGAUGCGCCCAGAUCACCACUUCGAUUGGUCGCGACUGGGAAAAGUACCUGGCGAAGCAGGACACGCUGCAGCAGGAUACGAGGGAUCGUAUUGCGGCGCUGGAGAGCUUGGCGGAGACGGGGUUGGCUGGUGGGUCAGCGCUCGUGGAGAGUUUCCAACGGGAGCAUUCCGAGUGGACGGAGGGACAGCUGAAGGUGGUGGAGAGUUGCGCUGGGCUGGUUGAUCAAGCGGUUGAGGGUUUGAGGAAAACGGUGGCGGGUAAUGUCGAAGCGUUGCGGAAGAUCUUGGAGGAGCAGCAGGGCGCGCAGAGGAAUCUGCUCGAGAGCACGCUGGAAAGCUGUCGGCGGAGUGACGAGCAGUGCUUGGCGUUUGCCAAUGCUCAACGGCGGAAUUUGGGCGAGAUGGACCAACUGAUGGUGCGGUUCGGCGAGAGCGGAGUUCAGAUUGAGCAGUUUGUGGAAAAGUCAAAGGAGUCGGCGCAGAAACGGAUGGACCAGCUGACCGCGUUCUACAACAAGAUGUGCGAGGAGAUGCGGGCGGAGGAAGCCGGGUUGGACAAGCUGAAGACCGUUUGCCAGGACGUUCAAGACGCGAAGAGUGCUGCCCAGCGGUUGAUCAGCACUGGCGAGACUCAGGUCGAAGAGAGCAUUCGACAGCGAACGGCUUCCGCGGAACAGCUGGAAGAAAACGGCCGCCAGCUGGAUGAUGUCCUGAAGAUGCAACGGUUCGUCGUGGAAGGAUGCCUCAAGGAAACGAUUCUCCAACCUCUGGAAGCCAGCUGUACUGCGCAAAAGGAAGCCAUCACUCAGCAGCGCCAAACGUUGCAAGCCCUCCCCGAAUCCACCAAGACUCGGUGGACACAAUUCACCACCGCCUUCACAAAUCACCGCGCCCAGCUUUCCUCAUCGCACAGCGCCCAAACCGAAUCCCUCGUCACCAAACUAGCCUCCGACCGUACCGAACAGUCCGAGUUCCAAACGACGACCGUCGCCCUCAACAAACAACUCCAGCGAAACAUCACCACCUACCAGAACCAGACCAACGCCAACCUGGCCGAAAUGACCGCCCACAUCGGCCGAUUCCACCGCGAAGAACUGCAACUGUACCAACCAACCGGCCAAACCCCGAUCCGCAAAACCAUCUCCUACCCGAAAGACCUCGCCAUGACCUCCCCACACGACCGCAUCGUGCGCCGAUUCUGGCGCGAGCGGGAACGAGAUCAUGACCUUUCAAUCUCGGAGCAGGACAACGAGGACGUGAGCAUGCUGUGCGCGAGCCUGAACGGGGACGAAAUCCGCAACUCGACGCCGCUGGCGCCGCGCCACAACGUGCUCGCCGAGGACCGGAAGCGCUUCAAGGCGUUGCAAAUCUCGAACAUUGCGUCCAAGGCUGGCGCCGACCUUGAGCUGGAGGAGCACAACAAGGAAAACAUGGACACGAUUGAGGAGGUGGCGUAGACACCGUGCGCACCUGCAGAGUGACCGACAACAAUCCGUGCUAUUUUUUUUUUCCUUUUUAAUGCGAUAUUUUGACCACGCUUGCUUGCGUGAGGCGCACACGCGAGGUAAGUUCACGACUGUUUGUCCUUUCUUUAUAAGUAUUUUUUUUUAAAUAAUAUAUUUUGUGCCGUACGAGAUGGAGCGUUCGUUUGGAAAAUGUUUAACAUUGAUCGUAAUAGCUAGAAACUUUAAGAACAUGUGGCCCAUGUGGGGUGUGGAAGCUGUUUGUGUACAUAAUCGAAUUGUUUUAGUAUUGUUUCGUAUGUAUAACACUGACUACGUGCACUUUUAAGACUUGAAUAAAAAAACAUAAUACUAAA